CUCCCGUAGCUAAAAGCAACAGGCGUGUAGGAUGCUCAGAGAAGAAGGAAGUGCUUCAGACAGAAGUUUUGAUCACAGUCGGCACGAAAAGUCGAAGCCUGAAUCAAACCUGGCUUGGAAAAGCAGACAAAGCGGUUCUCUGUCGGUCAUUUAGUCGAGUAAAAAGUUUGUUGCAGGACGCAGUAAGAUUCUAUUAUGCCGGCCGGAUUCUUCAGGGUGUGCUUGGUGGUAAUAACAGCUAUUAUCAACCAUCCACUUCUCUUCCCAAAGGAAAAUGUUACUGUUUUUGAAAACACAGAAGAAAUCAUUGAAAAGAUGAAAGAGCGUGAAGAGAACCUGAGGCUAGAGCAGCUGAAACUGGAGCAGGAACUAGCAGCACAAGAUGUUUCAGUAGAUUCUUCAGAGGAGAAGACUGGAUCAGAAAAACAGUAUGACCAUGAUUCCCUUUCUUGGAAUUUCUGGACUGUUUUGUCCAUGAUAGUCUUCCUUCUGAUUGAAUUCUGGAGACAGGAUUACCAGGAAGGGAUCUGGCAAGAUUAUACCAAAGAUGAUGAUGAAAUUAAUGUCCUGGGAAGAACAUUCAAGGGUUUUAUUCUACCAGACAAAGUCACAUUGGACAGUUUUUAUGAAAGAUGCCUCCAGAAUGUGACAAGUGAUAUUGCUAGGAACCGAGAGCUUGUGGAAGGCUUUGCAGAUGACUUAUUAGAAGCUUUGAGAAGUGUGUGUAACCGAGAUACUGACAUGGAAGUGGAAGAGUCUAUAGGAGUUGGGAGCAUGUAUGAAAACUGGAGAGCAAAUAAGCCUUUUACUUGUGAUUUCAUUGUUCCCUUUAAUCCCCCAGAGCCAUACUGUUUCCAAUUUGAGACCUGGUGUUCGGGAGAGUCUAUUCUACCAGACAAAGGAAGUUAUGGUAUGAUAAAAAUCAUCCGGUCAUAUGAUAACUCAUCAAGUUGUAUCUGUGAUAAAACUAAAUUGGGGGAAGAUUUACUUUGUCUGCUUCAUAGCAAAGCAAGCCAAACUAGGCAGAGUAACCAUAUGGAAGAUCUCCUUUGCUCCAAAGACACUCAGUAUCUUGAUUCUGACCAGGUUAUGACAUGGUUCCAGAUGGCACUUACCAAGGGAUGGAAUAAAAUUGCACACAAGUAUGAAUUCAGUCUGCUUUUCAAUCACCUGGAUACUCCAGGUGCCCUGAAAAUCAAGUUCAGGUCUGGAAAAACCAUCACAUUCAAUCUCAGGCCUGUGGUACAAUAUGCAGAUUCUGAUGUAUAUUUUAUCUCUCACUUUCCAUUCAAUAGCUUCACCAGCAACACUCACUGGUUUCUCACCUUUACUGUGUACGAGAAGAGAUAUAUCCAGUUUAUUUCCAAAACUUUGCCUGCUAAUCCUUGCCAUCUCAGUUGCCUCCAGAUUUUGUCUUUUCUUCAUGGAAAACAGUGCAGUCUGACAGAACCGAGUAGCCUGACAAACUACCAUUUUAAAACAGUAAUACUGCAUUUACUACAAAUCCAUCCUAGUUCAGCGUGGACUUCUGACUGUCUGGAGGCCAGGCUGCAAGAUGUACUCAACUUUUUGGAGAAAAGCUUGCAAGAAAAAAGACUUUACCAUUUUUUCAUUGGAAAUAGAAAUCUGCCACAGGAACUGGGUGUUCCAGUGAAGUUUCAAAAGGCAGAACCACUGAAUCUUUUCCGGCCCUUAGUAUUGCAACGAAACACUUACAGAAAAGCUAUGGACAUGUUCCAUGAGAUGCUUAAAAAUACAUUGGCUUUAAUUAAUGAAUAUUCCACGCAUGUUCCAAAUGGACGGGCAACUCCACUAAAUAAAGAUCUUCUCUGAGAGCUCCUCCUUUGACUGCCAUCAUACAGUAUAUGCAAAUCUCCCCAUGGGAGAAGAUGUAUACAUGUGGUAGAAUUUACAGAUAUCUAUAUGACAAAUACCAUUUUCAUUUUCUUUCCAAUGGGCUGAUAUUUAUGCAACUUUCAACAUUUUUACCACUGUGCAUUUCUUUGUUGUAAUGAGCUUAAGCAAGGAAGAACAUUUUUAAUUUAUUAUAUUACAGUUUUAAGAAUAUAGCGGUAUAUGUGUUAAGUGUUUUAUUAUUGCUGCUGUGGCAAAGUACCAUAGCCAGACUGACAAAGAAUGCCUUAUUUACAAGGUCUAACAUAGUUAAUGAGAGAAGGAUGAUGUACAAUUAAGUAAUAUAUAUUCUGUUUUGUUCCUUUCCUUUGGCAUAAAACUCUACUACCAAGAUUUUUUAAAUGUAAUUUUAAGUUAGUUUAGAUAUAUGUAGAAAAUAAUGGUUCAGUAUAACUUUAUGCAUUUGACAGUGCAAUUCCAAAUAAUGCCUUUAGAAGCAGAUCCUACUAAAUUUGGGACAGCUUACUUCUAAGGGAUCUCAACUUAAUAGGCUUGACAUAUUGGAGUCAGAAAUUCUUGAGCAGAUCCAACUUUGCCCAUCUUCAGUGAAAUGAAUUCACCCCUUUAAAUCCCCAAAUCUGAGCUUUGCCAGGAUUAUUAUCAGCCAAAUGCUUUUUAAAAAGUCCAUUCACUUGGAAGAUGGGACUUUGUUUUUGACUUUCUGCUCUCUGGACUGCAUUUCCUUCUAUUUCUUACAUAAGAGGCUUGCUUUGCCACUCUGUUCCAAUGGCAAUUACUAAUUUUCAGAGGAAAAAGGGCCAAAUUGCUAUUUUUGUGCAGCAAAAGUCAAUGAAUAGUCUGAAGUGAAGACUGCUUAAAAACCAAUGAUUGAAUUAGAAAUACUAUAGACAAGAUCACUUAUCUAUAUACAAGCUAUCAUUGUGUGUGUGUGUGUGUGUGUGUGUGAGAGAGAGAGAGAGAGAGAGAGAGAGAGGAGAGAGAGAGAGAUUAAAAGUGGUGAACAUUAUUUAUCUUCCUGAAUCCUAUUUUCCCCUCAACAACAACCACUCCCAUUGGGUGGCUUAGACUGAGAGACAUCAACUGGCCCAAAGUCACCUAGCCACCUUUCAUGCCUGAAGGAGGCCUAAAAUCACCAUCUGGUUUCCAAGCCAGUACCUUCACCACUACAGCACCCACCCACCCCAUCAUAUGCAUUUAUUAAUACUUUUUGUGGCCACCAGUGAUUUCCAGAAGCUAUAGA